GAGGGGGGGGGGGAGAGGGAGAGAGAGCAACAAGGCGCCUGUAGGAGCAGUAGUGGGAAAUAAAGAGGAGAGCACAUAUUACGUUGAGACCCUUCAUCUGCUCCAGAAAAAUCAACUGUACAUUUCCCUUCACGCAUGCUGCCAGACAUGUUAAGUCCCUCUGAUUGUUUUUUCUUCAUAUCGUAAUCAAUUAUUAAAUGAAUAACCUGCCACCUCACGAACCUUGUGUCUAGCACAUCAUUCUACACAAGCUCCAGCGUCUUCAAUCGCAUCUUUACCUCCACCCCACUCUCCUCUUGCCACAGGGAUCAGUGAUUCCUUUGUCUUUCCCCACUAAUCUCCCUCCUGCUACUUAUCUUUUUCAAGCAACACGUGCAAAAUGCCGGAGGAACUUGGCAGGUCAGGCAGCAUCUGUGGAAACGAACUAGCAGUCGAAGUUUCUGAAGAAGAAUCUCAGUUUAUUCCUUCCUGUAGAUGCUGUCCGACCUGCUGAGUUCCUCCAGGAUUUCUGUGUUAUUUUGGAUUUUCAGCACUUACAGAAUCUCCUGUGUUUAUACUUACCCUUCCAGCUUGUACUCCCCCCCGCCGCCCCCCGCCCCCCGCCUGAGUAUUCGGGCUUCUCCCCCCUUUCUCUCCAGGCCUGUAGAAGGGCUCUGGCCAAAAACAUCAACUGUUUAUUCAUUUCCACAGACGCUGCCUGACCUGCUGAUUUGUGUGAGUUGCUCUGAUUUCCAGCACCUGCAGAUUCCCCUAAGUUCACGUUUAUUAAUGUUUUAUGUGAGGUAGAAAUCUUUGCUUUGGGCAGCCGGACAUACAAAAGUAUAACACAGCUAUAAGCUGCAAUAUAUAUAGACAGGGCAAAGAGAGGAAUAACGGAGGCAGUUGUCCGUUCAGAAAUUUGAUGGUGGAGGGGAAGAAGCUGCCGUUGAAUCGUGAGAAACUCGGGUUCAAGUUCACGGUUAUGGUUAUCUGACUGUGUACAACCCAAGGGUCCAGGGUGCGUGUUUGUGUACGUACUGAGCCCCGUGGACCUGCGCUGGCCUCCGAGGAUUUUUAGAGCACCCGAAUAGGUUAAUUGCUGUUUCACGUGAGUCCUUAAUGGUUUAGAGGUCCUUGUGUUUAUAUCCAGCGACUCACUCCUUUCAAAGAUUCAAAGCACAUUUGAAAUGCGAUCUCCUGGCGCUUUCUGUAUUUGGAUAGGCUCCGUGUCGCUUGUGGAUGUCCGAUUCGCACUAAUCGCAGGGUCCCAGGUUUGAGAAUGUCGCGGUGUCGCUGGGCUGAGUUUGGAAUUAUUCUGAAUAACCCCUCGUCGCCGUCUGUCUUUCCUCUGCAUUGCCAGCGCACACCGUGACAAUACAUCAGAUAAAUGAAACAAAAUACUACCACAACACGUCAAUAAAAUAUAAUUCAAAGUGCGCAGCACGGAUAAACAGCACACAGUUCGCUGUCACAGUGACGAGAUCCCAGGGGUGGCAGGGUCUCACAGCUGUUACCCAGCCUGGCGGCCCUAGUGCUGAUGCCCCUGCACCCCCUCCCGGACAGCGAUGGGUCAGAGAGAUGGCGCUUCAGGUCGCCUGUGACCGGCGCUGCUCCCUCAGCGAACCCUCCGAGGUCAGCUUUCUCCAGAAGAUAUGACGGCCGACCCUUCCCUGUGUCCAAACCCGCAACGGAGCCUGAUCCUGUCACCGUAGCAAUUAGUAAGGGAGACGAAGAAGCUCUGAAGAGAAUGAUACAAGCAGGGAAGAAACUUUGCAUGCCAAAUCCUGAUGGUUGGAUCCCUCUGCAUGAAGCUGUCUUUUACAAUAAACCAGGAUGUGUGAAAUUGCUGCUGUCAGCUUAUCCUGGAACGGUGGAUUGUCGGACGCUGAGAGAGGAAACAGCUCUAUAUUUAGCAACAUCCCGAGGAUACGUGGAGUGUCUGACUUGUUUACUGGAAGCUGGGGCGGAAUGUGAUAUCACCAAUAAGACCAAAGAAACAGCACUCUACAAAGCCUGUGAAAAUGAAAAUGUGGAGGUUGUGAAAUUGCUGGUUAAGUUCAAUGCUGAUGUGAAUCACCGCUGCAACCGCGGGUGGACUGCUCUUCACGAGGCCGUUGUACGGAAUGACCUGGACAUCAUUGAAACUCUGAUCACCGCCGGUGCCAAGAUUGAGUCAACAAAUGCCUAUGGAGUCACUCCAUUGUUUGUUGCGGCUCAGAGUGGACAACUGGAAGCCUCACGUUUUCUUGUCAAGUGUGGUGCUUAUGUCAACACCCAAGCCAGUGAUAACGCCUCAGCAUUGUAUGAAGCCAGCAAGAAUGAGCAUACCGACGUUGUGGAAUUUCUCCUUUCACAAAAUGCUGAUGCAAACAAGGGAAACAAGGACGGCUGGCUGCCCCUUCACAUCGCAGCUGCCAAAGGCAACAUGGACCUGAUUGAAAUGUUGCUCCCAGUCACAAGUAAGGUGCGGGUGAGACGCAGUGGAAUAAGUCCUCUUCAUCUUGCUGCUCAACACAACCACGUGGAUGUUAUGGAGGAGCUGAUUGAAGCUGGCUACAAUAUAAAUGCCCUCUUGUCACCUGAAAGAUCACGACUUUUUGAAGAUAAGCGCACUUCUGUAUUGUACUUUGCUGUUUACAACAACAACGUGGAGGCUACGGAAAUUCUGCUGAAGGCCGGAGCAAAUCCUAAUGUGGAUCUGAUAAACCCAUUACUCGUCGCGAUCCGACACGGCUCCAUCAGAAUUAUCCAGCUGCUAAUGAGCUACGGAGCUAACAUCAAUGCCUAUAUUCCGACACACCCCACGUCCUUCCCAGCAACAAUCAUGUUUUGUAUGAAGUACCUCAGCUUGCUGAAGCUGAUUAUGGACUAUGGUGGUGACGCAGAAUCUUGCUUUGAUUGUGAAUAUGGCAACCGCCAACAUCCAGAGCUAGAACAAAGGAGACCUGACACAAUAAUAGAACCAAAACAUCGAAAAGUUGUACAAGUAAGUCCCAAUAAUGUUUAUUCCUUUUUCAUUGACAUGCAGACUGGAACAGCAUUCCCCCACCCCCAGCCCUCGAGGUACGGUGUCCAGCAAUCCCCCAGUUUAACUCUAGCCUAAUCAGAGGACGAUUUACAGUAACCAAUUAAUCUACCAACUGGUACAUCUUUGGACUGUGGGAGGAAACCGGAGCGCUCAAAGGAAAUCCACUCGGUCACGGGGAGAACAUACAAACUCCUUACAGGCAGUGUUGGGAAUUGAACCUGGGUCACCUAUACUGUAAAGCAUUGUGUUACCAUGCUGCCCCAUGAAAUAUAGUGUUGUUCAUGCAAUCAUGAGACAGUGUUCAAUACUUGUGGCUGCAUAGGUUGAUAUGUUGGUUAAGGCGGAUGGCAUGCUUGCCUCUAUUAGUUAAGGUACUGAGUUCAGAAGUCAGGAAGUUAUGUUGCAGCUUUAUAAAACUCUAGUUGGGUCACAUCAUACAGUUCUGAUCACACUAUAGUAGGAAGGAUAUUGAGGCUUUGGAGAGGGUGUAGAAGAGGGUUCCUCCACCAUUUUGUGUGAGUUGCUCUAGAUUUCCAGCAUCUAGACUUCCUCGUGUUUAUGAUUUUCUGCUCCACUGUGAAGUCUCCUUGAGGGAUGUUGACUCUGAAGUUUAAAUCUCUUCAAAAGGAGCUGUGAGAUCUUUUCUCACUGUUCUCCCCCCAUGCUGCCCCCCAUGUAUGCUCAGCCAGACUUGACCUCUUCUCACCUGCCUAUCACAUCUUUCUUCCCUUUCUCCUAUGAUCCACUCUCUUCUCUUAACAGAUUCCUUUCCUACCCACAUGGCUUCACCUAUCACCUUCUUGCUAUCGUCCCUCCCCUCCACCUACCUUUUUAUUUUGGAGUCUUCCUCCUACCUUUCCAGUUCUGAUGAAGGGUCUUGGCCUGAAACAUGGACUGUUUAUUCAUUUUGGUCGGUGCUGCCUGACUGGCUGAUCCCUCCAGCAUUUUGUUUGUGUGGCUCUGGUAAUCCAGCAUCUGCUGGAUUCCUUGUUUUUAUAACCAGAAUGCUGCCUGGAUUAGAGAGCGUGUGCUAUCACGAGAGGCUGAAUAAACUUGUGUUGUUUACUCUGAACUGACAAAGGCAGAGGGGAGAUCUGAUAGAGGUUUUUAAAAUUGAGUGGCAUAGAUAGAGUGGACAAACAAAUGGCCUUGUUGGGCCUUGUUGGCCUUGUUGGGCCGAAAGGGC